GAACUUUGGAAGCACACCUCUGUAAACUCGCAGAAACUAACUUUGCCUCUCAGCUGUACCUAACUACAUUUCUGGAAAAACAAUGAAACUUUUUCUUGGGCUUUUGUUACUCUGUGUAACAUCUUUAUCAGCAUUUGCUCUUGAAAAUAAUGCUCUAAACAAAUACUGUGAAAAAUGUUUAGAAGAAAGUGUCGUAUCCGGAUACUAUGAACAUCCAAAACGUUGUGAUGCCUAUGUACAAUGCCAGUUUAUUAAUAAAACAUUGAUUGCUCAUGAAAUGUUUUGCAAUGAAGGAACAUGUUAUAACAAAGACAUUCAAAACUGCGACUAUUGUUCAAAAACUAUAUGCCAGAAAAAAUGUAAUUAUGAAACAAAGUUUAAGGAUGUUUUCUCUUGCAACAAAUAUUUUGAAUGCGACCAAUCGGGUUUCGAUUACGAAGCAAAAUUUUGCCCGAUUCAACACAGAUUCGACGAAAAAACAUCACGCUGUGUUUCAGAUUUCAGAUGUGUAGGACCUAUUAUCACGAGACCGUGUUCUGAAACAUUCAAGCCGUCUAAAAGUAUAGGAAAAUUUUGGCAGAAGAAUGCUGUAGGUUGGAUUGAAAAGGAUUGUGGUCCUGGUACUGGGUUCGACGUCAAAACAUGCACUUGUGGUAAAAUGAUUCCUCUGCCUGAAGAGAAAACUUGUCUAUUGGUUGAUCUUCCGCUGAAGAGCAAUUCUUUUGAACUCUCCAAUAAAUGGUAUGUGGAAAAUGUUGACGUUACUUUUCGUAACAAUGCUGCUGUAUUUACUACUGGUUCUGCCCUGGUGAUUCCAGUUUUGACAAACAACGAUUUAGGUAACAGUGUUGAAAUUAGUAUGAACUUUUAUCUUAAAAGUUCUCCCAAAGAUUCGUACGCCAUUAUGACUAACGGAAACUGCGAUCGUAAGCCUUCAAUCAGUAUUGAAGUCGAAAAUGCAAACACCUUCCCAACAGUUGUUGGCUUCAUGAAAUUAGAAGGAUAUAUGUUCCCAGUACAAAUAAAGAAAAGAGUGGAAUUAAACCAAUGGUAUAGUAUCAAAUUUGGAAAGUCAAACGAUAAAGUGCGAAUGUACUUGAAUGGCCAACUUGUAGAAGAAAAAACAAUUCCGGGUUAUAUCGAAACAGUUGACAGUGCACUGAGUAUUGGAAAACCCUGUUCUUCUAACCCUUUCAUUGGUUCAGUAAACGAGUUCAAGCUCACCAAAUGCCCAUCAUGGUAAACAUACUAUAACAGUUCACGUUCAAUGAAAACAACUUAUGGAAAGAGAAUUUGAUGUUUAACAAUAUAUUUAUUACUUUCCUUUUUUAAUUGAAUAAAUGUAUGAAUCAACUACUAAAGUUGGCAUUAACAAUUGCUAAAAA